AUUAAUCACGCAUUCAAGAAUUCAACCAGUGCGUGAAUUGGCCUUCAGCUGGAUUUCUUGAAAACGUCAUCUGCCGGCUGCUGUAGACGGCUCUAUUUAAAGAAGAGGAGAGGAUUUCAGCCUGCUGUAGACGGCCCCUAUUUAAAGAAGAGAGGAGAGGAUUUUUUAUUUUCUUUUCUACUGCUGUCGGCAUCCACUUUCUUGGCGGACGCGUUUUCAAAACUGCACAAAGGUUAGGGUUCGUCCUAAAGGCAGAGUUAGUUUCAUAUAAUGUGAUGCAGAGGGAUAUACAUGGGGGAGGUUGUGAUGUAAAGGGAUAUACAUGAGGCGGGGGAGAGAGAUUGUUUGAAGUAAAAUUGAGAGGGGAAAUGCGUGAAUGGCAGAAGGCUUUAGCGGCUGCCAUCCCAGCUGCUCUGCUGUUCGGGUGUUUGACCAUGUAUUUUUGCGGGUGUUGUUGCAAAUGGAGGACUUCUUCUUCUAAACAAAAACAGCAGCAAAAGGGGAUUCAGAAGCCUAACGUGAGGUAUGGAGAUGGGAGCCGCAACAGGGUGCGAAGUUACCAGUGGUCACCGGCAAGGGGGCCGUCUUUCGACUGGGCUGACCAUCCUUCUCUGGUAGCGGAGGCCGUUGAGAACGGGUGGACUGCUUUUGCCUUUGCCACUCCCCCUGCCCCUGUUUCUAGUCGCUGGAUUCUCUGUACAGGAGGAGGUGGUAGUGCUCAGCCUGAAUUUAGUUGGGAAAUUGGACCAGCUUCUCUAGAUUACAUGCAGAAAAUAAGGCUUAAUCCCCAAAUCGAUUCUACCAGAAGCAACAAGAACUGGGCCGACAGAUCAGUCUCCGUGGUUCGGGGUGCAUUGCCUUUGCCCGGACCUCCGUUGGGUUCCUUAACCUUUCCACAAGAGGCAUAUUUUGAGGUCACGGUUUUCACUACGCCACCAGAUUCUUGUUCUCCGGAGAGGCGUUUGGCAGAAGGAGAGAGCGUGAGUCUCAUCUCAGAAGCUGGUAUGAAAUCAGAGUCUGAUACCCUAUACGACGUUGAGAAGCAGAGCGGCAUCAAGAACAGAGGCCUAAAUCAGACCAACAGUGUGCCUGUUGUUGACGAAGAGGGUUGGUUGACCAAGGUGAUCGCCGUCGGCCUAACGCAUGGGGGCGACACCGCUUAUGCGAAUGGAGUGCCAGGCACCCAUCCUUGUGGCUCUGUGGGUUUCCAUUCCACUGGUUCUGUUUACCUAAAUGGGAUGAAGAUCAACAGGAGUUUAGAAUCGCAGGGGAUGGCAAGAUGGGGAGAAAAGGAAACAGUGCUGGGAUGUGGGUUCAAUCCAUCGCAGAGAAAAGUAUUCUUCACGCUGGAUUCCAACUUGAUCCACACAGCAGACUGCAAAUUACCAGAGUUUGGGAAGCCAUUGUACCCAACACUCGCUGCGAAUUGCGAGGUGAGGCUGAUGGUGAAUUAUGGGCAAAGCCCCUUCGGCUAUGCUCCAUCCAAUGUUUCCCGCACACCCAACCCAGGCUUAACGCUGCGGCCGACAUCUUCCAUGGCCAGGACAUUGGAUAGCACCGAACUGUUCUCAAUGGGGAGGAUCGAUUCUCAGUGGCUGAGCAGCCCCGGUCCCGGAGACCUGAUCGAAUCUGAGGCCUGGAGGAUCGAUUCUCAGUGGCUGAGCCGCCCUGGUCCCGGAGACCUGGUCGAAUCUGAGGCCGAAACAGAGCUAUUCGAGAUCGUGUUAGAUGACGGCAAUGGUAGAAUUAUAAAACGAAAGGAGGCGACCUCGGAAUCAUUCAACGAAUAAAGAGCGAGGGUCAUCCAUCAUCGUGCAUCGUAAGUCAGCAGGGUGAGGAGGGCCCGCACCCGGUUCACUCACUUUAAAGACCGACCAACAAAGUGAAAGGAAAUGCGGUAGUCCCCUCUUGUGCUUCAACUUUUACUUGGACUCAAUCCCGUGGAACUUUUUUGAAUAUUCGGUUGGAAGCCCUAUUUUCAACCCUUUGACGGGAAAAUUUAUCAAAAUACAUAUGGCAAAAUGUAAAAAUGUUGAGGUUUGAAAGCACGAACAUUUGACAACUUGAGAAA